GAGCUGCAGCAGCUGUGAGAGGCGCUCAGAGCGAGCAGACACAGCAGGAUGGCUUCCAACACCGGCACCAUGGCAAACCUCCCCAGAGGGAUUGGAAUAUGUACCACCAUCCCAGACAUCUUCUACCUGCCAGAACUGAUUUUCGGCGGGCUGGUGUGGAUCCUGGUGGCGUGCACGCUGGUGGUGCCGGCAAACCCCCAGGCCUGGGUCAUGUUCGUGUCCGUCUUCUGCUUCGUCAUGACCUUCAUCUGGAUGGUGGUGUUCGCCUGCGACGGCCAUCACAACAGCAGCAGCUGGGCGGCAGCAGACUUUGCGUAUCACGGCAUCGCCGCCUUCUUCUACCUCAGCGCCGCUGUGUCUUUGGCCAAAGUGACCCUGGACCUGAACAACGGGACCAGCUCCAAAAACUACCAGCUGGACAUCGCUGCAGUGGUCUUCUCGUACGUGGCGACACUCCUCUACUUCAUCCACACCAUCCUGUCUGCCAUCCGCUGGAAGUCCUUCUAGCAGCGCGCUGACGCUGACGGAGACUGACUGCUGAGGUUUUUCAUUCAGGAAUCUGUGAAGCAACAUCUGGAUCGCCGUCGCAUCGCUCAGCGUCCGGCUGUCUGAAGCACCAGGGGUUUCUGGGAUUUAAAGUGAAGUUUGGCCCACCCGGUGGGAGUGGGUUGUGUCAAAUGAACGAGUUCAGUCAACAGCCAGAGUCACAAAAACACAAACAAUUUGAAUGUUUGUCACACUGGUUUUACUGCAGGGCUGUUUCUGAGGGUUUCUAUUUUUCUGUCCACCCUCACAUGUUAUCAUGUACUCCUCCUCGGUGCAUCUUUACCACUUUCCCUUUAGUUUGGUCUUUUUAUUUUGCUCUCAGCUGAUUUUAUAUUUUUAUAAGUUGUCCUAACACAAGAAUCACAUUAAAAGUGGAUCAAUCCAGAUGUUUUUGUAGAUUUAAGCCUUCAUAAGUCUGUUUAUACUUUGUUUUUGUAUAACAUUUUGAGACUGCUAAAGUCAUUGAAAAAUGAAUAAAUGUGUUUGUUUU